UUCCUCUAUAUAUUCCACGAUUGCAAGUUCUUAGGCCUGUUUAUCAACCAUCACGCUCUGCCCGAGUAUCAAAGCUUUUCUCUGUUGUUUUUCCGCCCCUGACUCUCUCAUCUGCAGAAAAACAAAACAACGGUCAUGGCUUCUUCUCUCUCCCUCUUCUCUUCCUUCACAGGCCAAACCUCCUUAUCAUCUUCCUCCUCUUCUUCUUGCUAUUCUUCUUCCACUCUUGUCUCAGGCUCUCAACUAUCCUUCUCACCAUCUCCACUUCUUUCAGGGAAUACAAAAAUACAGAAGCGCGUCGUCAUCAAAUCGAGGAAGAUAUCAGGGCUGGAGGAGGCCAUGCGAAUUAGGAGGGAACGUGAGCUUCGAAGUUCAGUAAAGGUAAAGAAAAGGCCUCCAUUAAGACGUGGAAAGGUCUCAGCACGUCUUCCUGUGCCAGAUCACAUUCCAAGACCUCCUUAUGUGAAUUCAAGCUCAUUGCCAGAUCUUUCUAAAGAGCACCAAAUGCAUGAUUCUGAGGGCAUUGCUCGCAUGAAGGCUGCAUGUGAGCUUGCUGCUCGUGUCUUGGAUUAUGCGGGAACUCUGGUUAGGCCAUCCAUAACAACAAACGAAAUCGACAAAGCAGUGCAUCAGAUGAUCAUUGAUGCUGGGGCUUAUCCUUCACCCCUUGGCUAUGGGGGGUUUCCGAAAAGUGUAUGCACGUCCGUUAACGAGUGCAUGUGUCAUGGAAUACCUGAUUCUAGUCAGCUACGGAAUGGAGACAUAAUAAACAUCGAUGUAACUGUCUUCUUGAAUGGUUACCAUGGGGACACUUCAAAGACAUUUCUCUGUGGGGAUGUAGAUGAAGAAGUAAAGCGCCUCGUGAAGGUAACAGAAGAGUGCUUGGAGAAGGCAAUAUCUGUUUGCGGAGAUGGCGUUCUCUUUAAAAAAAUUGGAAAGAAGAUAAGUGAGCAUGCCGGAAAGUUUGGCUAUGGCGUAGUUGAUCGUUUUGUUGGCCAUGGCGUAGGGACAGUCUUUCAUUCUGAACCAAUUAUAAUACAUAGCUAUAAUGAUGGACCUGGGCGUAUGGUUGAAGGUCAAACAUUUACCAUCGAGCCCAUCCUUACAAUGGGAAGCAUCGAGUGUGUUACAUGGGAUGACAAUUGGACCACACUUACUGCUGACGGCAGCCUCGCCGCCCAGUUCGAGCAUACGUUGCUAAUUACAAGGAUGGGCGCAGAGAUUUUAACAAAGUACUGAUAUUUGGCACCGAAGAAGCUAUAUCCUUCCAUCGUUACAAAUGUUGUGUCUGUCUCUUUGAAAUCAUUGUUACAGUGUAGCAUACAUCAUUUUUCCAUUGAAAGCUCUUGUUCAUAUGCAUGUGUAGAAUGUUAUUUAUGUUUGUAUCAUUGCGGAAUAUUGAAAAGCCAAUGUUUAGAAGAUCCUACCUUCCAAUGUUUGGAUCAUCUAUUUAAUAUGGACAGACACUGAAUCUCUUCUCU